GGCGUCCAGGCGUCAAAACGACAUGGACCUGCUUCCUGCCCAGGAAGCGGCGCGCAUCUACCACACAAACUACGUGAGGAACUCCCGGGCCAUCGGCGCCUUGUGGGCCGUGUUUACCACGUGCUUUGUCAUCAUCACGGUGGUGGUGUUCAUCCAGCCCUUUUGGAUUGGCGACAGCGUCAACACGCCGCAGGCGGGCUACUUCGGCCUCUUCCAUUACUGCAUUGGCAACGCGCUCACCUCGGAACUCGUCUGCAAGGGCAGCCUACUGGAUUUCGGUUCCAUCCCGUCGCCUGCCUUCCGCACCGCCAUGUUCUUCGUGGCCACUUCCAUGCUGCUGGUGGUGGGCACCAUGGUCUGCUUCAGCCUCUUCUUCUUCUGCAACGCGGGUAGCGUCUACAAAAUAUGCGCCUGGAUGCAACUGGCCUCAGCUGUUUUGAUGGUGAUGGGGUGCAUGAUCUAUCCUGACGGCUGGGAUGCCCCUGAGGUGAAGAGGAUGUGUGGCCAGCGGACCGACAAGUACAGCCUGGGGAACUGCACGGUGCGCUGGGCCUACAUAUUGGCCAUCAUCAGCAUCCUAGACGCUCUCCUGCUGGCCCUUCUCUCUUUCACACUGGGCAGCAGGCAGGACAAACUGCUGCCAGAAGAUUUUGAGCUGGAUGGUGCAGGUAGGUAGGAGCCCCUUAACGGCCUUUGACGCCAAUGGACUUCCAAUCCAUUUUGACUGGGAGAGUUGAGCGCAAUCAUUCCCUGCUAGCCCUCCUAAUCAAAAUUAAUUGGGCAUCUAUUGCUGUCAAUGGCACUGAAACAGUAUGCUUUGGGUUAUUGUCCAUUUGAAAAGCAAAGUUGUAGAUCAGUAUUUGUAAAUAAUGUGCUUUGCUAAUGUCAUGUUUAUGAAGAGCACCAUUCCCUCCUAAAGCAAAACCCCACAUGGUUCUGAUAUUCCAGUUCAUCUUCCUGAUAGCUUAUUUGAUAUUUAGAUAUUAGUAUAUUUUCUUUUCCAUGAUCCUAGUCUUUCAUGAGUAACGUCAAAAGCAUCCAGAUGUUUCCCAUUAACUAAAAUGUCCAUAAACCAAUCAGAUUUGUCUAAAGGCAUGCUUAAGAUGUUUAAAUUUCCUCAGUAAACUUCAAGAAAUGGGAAAAGGCCUUUUGAAUAUACUGUUUAGCAACAUUGUUUUACUAAUUUUGCUGCCGAAAAACAUCAAUCUGACAAAUUCUAAAACACUUUUUAGAAAUAUUUCACUGUAAUAUUCAAAAGAAGUACUAAACACAUUAGGUAUAAUGAA